UAAUACUUUGAUUUCGUUUCCAAUUUUAGAAAGUGGAUUGGGAUGCUUUACUCCUAAUUGCUCUUCUCAGUGAGGUUUGAGUGGACUCUGGUUUUCUGAUGUAUACAAUGGGAAGAACAAGCUUGCUCCCUCUGGUGUGUUCUGUUCUGGCCUUGCUGAGCGUGUGUCUGGUGAAAGCAGAAGACGCAUAUAAGUACUAUACAUGGGCUGUCACUUAUGGGACUCGUUCUCCUCUUGGCAUUCCCCAGCAAGUAAUCCUCAUCAACGGUCAGUUUCCUGGGCCUAGGCUUGAUGUAGUGACUAAUGACAAUAUAAUUCUCAACCUUGUGAACAAGCUGGACGAACCGUUUCUUCUGACUUGGAACGGUAUUAAACAAAGGAAAAAUUCAUGGCAAGACGGAGUACUGGGAACGAACUGUCCCAUUCCUCCAAACUCAAAUUACACUUACAAGUUUCAGGUCAAGGAUCAAAUUGGAGCCUACUCAUACUUCCCAUCAACUCAACUCCACAAAGCAUCGGGAGGUUUCGGUGGACUCAAUGUCUAUCACAGAUCCGUCAUCCCAAUCCCCUAUCCAAACCCUGAUGACGAUUUUACUUUACUCAUCGGCGACUGGUACAACUCCGACCACAAGAAAUUAAGGCAAAGUUUGGAUUCUGGAAGAUCUCUUGCCUUUCCAGAUGGCCUCCUUAUCAAUGGUCAGGCCCAUACUACCUUCAACGGUGACCAAGGAAAAACAUACAUGUUCAGGAUCUCAAAUGUGGGCUUAUCAACCUCGAUUAACUUCAGGAUACAGGGUCAUAACCUUAAAUUAGUGGAGGUCGAGGGAUCACAUACCAUCCAAAACCUUUACGACUCUCUUGAUGUGCAUGUGGGCCAAUCCGUCACCGUUUUAGUAACCUUAAAUCAGCCUCCAAAAGACUACUACAUUGUUGCCUCCACCAGAUUUACCAGGAAAGUUCUCACAGCAACAGCAGUUUUACACUACGCGAACUCCCGUUCCCCAGCUUCUGGACCUUUGCCCGCUGCUCCUGCCUACCAAUAUCACUGGUCUAUGAAACAAGCUAGAACCUUCAGAUGGAAUUUGACAGCGAACGCCGCUAGGCCUAACCCACAGGGAUCAUUCCAUUAUGGGAAGAUAACUCCGACAAAGACAUUAGUGUUGGUCAAUUCUGAAGCUCUGAUUAAUGGGAAACUGCGUUACGCUGUGAACAAGGUGUCCUAUGUUAACCCUGAUACUCCUCUCAAGCUUGCUGAUUUCUACAACAUCCCAGGAAUCUACAGCGUGGAUUCAAUCCAAAGCGUCCCCAGUAAUAAUAACGGCGCAGCAACCAUAGCCACCUCUGUAAUCCCAUCUUCUCUGCAUGACUUCAUCGAGGUUGUUUUCCAGAACGACGAAAACGCCAUGCAGUCUUGGCAUCUGGAUGGAUAUGACUUUUGGGUCGUCGGGUACGGCAAGGGGCAGUGGACGCCAGCCAAGAGAAGUACCUAUAAUCUAGUGGAUGCCUUGACCAGGCACACAGCACAGGUGUAUCCGAAGUCAUGGACAAGCAUAUUGGUGUCGUUGGACAACCAAGGAAUGUGGAACAUGAGGUCAGCGAUGUGGGGAAGACAGUACCUGGGACAGCAGUUGUAUUUGAGGGUGUGGAGUGCUCAACGCAGUUUUACCAGUGAGUAUGAUAUCCCAAGCAAUGUCCUGCUUUGCGGCAAAGCCCUUGGCCAUCGUCCUUAAAUCUACUCAUGACAGUUUGACUAGGAAAUCCAAAAGGGAAUUUCAAUUAAAUCUCUCUUGAUAUAUGAUUAUAAUUAUAUACAAGUAUGAUAUAACGAUCUUUGUUUCUCCUGCUGAAUCUUGGUUUUUUUUUUGGGUACAAUCUUGGGUUCUGUUAUCAAUGGCUUCCAAGAUUCCCA